AUGUGGCGCGUAUCGACGGCGCUCGUGCGCGGCAAGAGCCAGCGCCUACUGCAGACGUCGUCCCUAUCGACAGCUGCCACAACUGCAAGAGCAGCUACUGACGCAACUGCUGUUGCUGCUGACUGGUCGCCCGACGCAAAGAAGAAGCGCACGGGUGUACUGGCCGUUAAGAUAGGGAUGAUGCCCGUCUGGGACCAUUUUGGCUACCGUCACAACUGCACGGUACUGCACGUCGAAGAGUGUCAAGUGACGCAAGUGAAGACUGUGGACCGCCAUGGGUUCAGUGCCUUGCAAUUGGGUGUAGGUCUCCGCAAGCCCAAGAACGUGAGCAAGCCCGUGCUGGGUCACCUGGCCAAAGCCGGUGCGCCAGCUAAGCGUCAAUUACAGGAGUUUCGCGUGUCAGAAGACGCGCUGCUGCCAUUGGGAAUGAAACUGUCUGCACUCCACUUUGCAGCUGGUCAGUACGUGGACGUGUGCGGCAUUAGCAAGGGCAAAGGCUUCCAAGGUGUCAUGAAGCUGCACAAUUUUGCAGGUCAGCCAGCGUCGCACGGGAACUCCAAGACGCAUCGCCACAUGGGAUCAACUGGUCAAUGUCAAGAUCCUGGAAAAGUGUUUAAAGGCAAGAAAAUGCCUGGCCGCAUGGGUGGCAAUCGCGUCACGCGCGAUAAUCUCUGGAUUGCCAAGAUCGACGUGGACCGCAAUCUCCUUUAUGUCAAAGGCAGUGUCCCCGGGAACAAUGGCGGGAUCGUCCGUGUGACGGAUGCCCGCAAGAAGAAGCCAGAGGUUCCGCUUCCGUAUCCAACUUUUACCCUCCCGGACGGUGAGACGCUGCCAGCCGAGAUACUAGCGCCUCAUGGUGAUGUGGACCCGUACAAUUACGACGAGAAGUAG